AAAAAAAUGGCAAAAUUGUCCAAAAUUGGUGUUCUUCAGACACAAACAACACCACACACAAAAGACACACAGCACUGAGAAGUACAGUUUAAAAGGUAACAUAAUGCAACAGGAAAUGUUUAGUUACACUUAAGCUGACUAGGUCAAAUUAGUUAUGAUUCCCUACAUGUAUACUAGCAGUCGGCACUUAUUGCAGAUGUUUCUAAAGUUUUACAAUCAUUGGGCCAAAGCAAUUGUGUCAUUUUAUCAAGCAAAGGUCACAGGCUACGCACAACUUUGUCUAUAAAGAACAAAACAGUCAAAAGAAGAAUUGUACCUGCUAAUUUCACCAUUCACAGCCAUCAUGUUCAAGGAAGUUUUUAUUUGUUCUCAUUUAAAAACUCUCUGGUGACCGCCAACUUUUCUGUGUGCAUUUAACGUCUUAGAUUACAACAAGGUACAAGUAUACUGUAUCUCCAAAGAAUAAGUAACGAUCUCAAAAAGCAUGCAUUCUGUUUGGUCUCCAACAGCAAGAUUACUCCAAUGACUCAGUUUGAGUGACCUCUACUCAACUACAGGGGUGGGAGGAUAUGUUGUACCAACUAUUACCAUGUCUCACAAAAGCCGUACGCUCACGUUUUUAGACCUGAAGAUCGGUGCGAUUUUUCAAACAUGCAUCUACAUUGUAUGCUUCGUGAGACAAACGUGACUGAUAUCUAUUUAUAACUUCCAACUCAUAGGUGUUUCUAUUUUUGAGAUGGAGACCAGCCAACUCACAGAGCACUGCUUGACUGGCCUACAUUUGUUUUAAUAUAAUCUUGCAGAGACUUAGUACCCACUGGCUGUGGGAAGCAUCCUCUUUUGUUGGCACCCCUUCAGCAGAAUGAAAGCACUUCUCUUGAGCCAUCUAAUUGGCUGAUACGCAGCAUGUGCAACUUUGAGAAUGAAACACUGUGUUAAAGGAGGGAUGUUCCUUUGAGUAAUCUAAUAAGACAGACUGAUGGGAACAGGAAGUGAUACAUGUUGUCGUGGUGAUGGUAAGGAGCACCUGACAUGAAGUAGCGGACAUGUGACUCUGAUCUGUCGAGGAUGGAAAUCCCUAAGUAAAAAAUUUAUAAAUAACCCCAGCAAAGGGUUUUAUCCAAAGUUGGAACAACGCCUUGUGCAAUGAAAAAUUGGAAAAAGGGACAAGUUUUAGAAAAACACCCAUCUCCAGCAUGCUCGAUAACAUGCAUUCAGGAUGCUGAGAGUCCAUGUACACCAUGCAAGGGCUAAAUCCACAAAUGCUGCAUUUCCGCAUGUUAUGCCGGCCUACAUUUCCUUUUUCUUUGGCAAUUAAUCAAACACCAGAUAGUAAGCUACCAGUACCCAAUGCCACAAACUCACACACUUUACUGGUGUUGAAUUCUGUGUAGUAAGAAAAGGUAAGUUCAUGUUACAAACCAAUGAGCAACAUAACCUUUCUAAAAUUAUUUUCAACAAGCAAAUUUUAAUUUUGCAAGUUCAUUUCAAAGCAUGAAAUAACAGUCUCUUCCCUGACGGAUGCCACGGUAACAGCAUCCCAUGUUAUCCACACUUGGAUAACUUUAAAUGUUUAAUGCUACAUGUAUAUCAAAUACAAGUAUGUGUAGUUUUCAUGUAUACAUGUACAUUUGCAUAUACAAAUACGUGUAACUGCAGAAGGGGAGAGGCAAUAUCCAUUGCUUACAGCCAUCAAAACAGGACAAAGCUAAGAAAAUGCAAUGUGGGUUACAUUUCCCAGCUAUAACCUUCUGUAAUUUCCCAAAUCCUUGACUGGGAAAAAUGUUUUAAGGGUUUUAUUCUGAAGCACAAUAAGCAUUGCACAUUCAUGCCUCACGUUUCCUGUUUUGUGUAAACCGGUGACUUCAUGGAAAUUGAGAGGAAAAAACAUGUACGAUCAGAUCCACACAACACAAAGAUCAAUCUUUUCUCUUUGAAAACAAGGAAAAUCCAGGCAUUAUAUUUACUCCAGCUGCAUUUCAUCAGAAAGUUUCAAUAAAUUUGGUAAACCACAAGAGUACAUGUAGGAAUGCUAUAAAAGAACGAUAGUCCACUACGCUGAGGUUACUUCUCUCCGAUCAGUGUAAAUGUUUUCUACAAUGGCCCCAAGUACCACAUCUGACAGUGAUCCCACAGGAGAUGCUGGUGAUGCAUCUUUCACGCUGUGGCAAACCAGAGAUGUUUUACGAGUCAUCAUUGCCUGCCUGGCUGUGCUCAGUAACAGCAUGGUGAUCAUUGUUAUACGGUUGCGGCAUCACAUGUUCCGUUCCUUCACCAAUCAUCUCAUCUGGCAUCAGGCUGCCAUUGAUGCUGGGUCAGGUGUGGUGCUUCUCCUUUAUACUAUUGGCAAAAAAAUUCCAGCGAUAUCCGUUCUGAAUCAAUCCUCAGAAUCAAGUCGCCGUGAUCAGCUGGUGUGCCAUUUUGUCUACUCAGAGGUCUUUCUCUGGUAUUUUGAAGUGGCCUCUACCUACAAUCUUGUCAUCAUUUCCCUGGAACGACUUGUUGCCAUCUGUCACCCAGUCAGGCAUCGUAACUCCUGGACCCGCGAUAAACAUAAGUUUGCCAUAGUCGCAGCCUGGAGUAUAGCCUUUGUCUAUGGCUUGCCUAUUGCCUUCUUUUUUGAGCCACAUCAAGGUUCUUGCCGUGCAGUGGACUUACAGCUCGGGGUGCAGAUUUUGGUCGGUGUAAUGAGUGUGACAAUCGAGUAUCUCUUCCCUCUAUCUAUCAUGAUAUAUGCAUACACCAGAAUACUCAUCACAUUGACCAAAAAAAUCAACAACUCUGCAGACCGCCAACACAACACGCUGACCAAAGCAAAGAAGAACGUUCUUGUCACAGUCCUACUAGCUAGCAUUAUGUUCGUCAUCUGCUGGACACCAGUCGAAGUUGACCACAUAGAUGAGCUUUUCUUUGCCAACAGCUUUGGUCAAACAACCUACGACAUCCUCACUGCAUUGCUGGCUUGCAAUAUGAUUGCCAAUCCGAUCAUUUACUGCUUUAAGUACGAGCAUUUCCGGUCGCAGCUCAGGUAUCUUCUGAAGAAGCCAAUUCGAAGGAAUCCAGAGAGCCCUGAGCAGCACAUGAGCCUUUCCAUCACAGCCAGGGAACUAUAAUAUGCCCCAAGUUCGCAAUGAUUACAUCAAACCUGUACCUCAUGAAUAACGGGCAUACAUGUACAUGUAGAGUCAGCCUACAGCAUAUUCUUUGCUUUGUGCCUACAGGACUACCUUAUAUGGGCAUCCAUCACAAGGUAGCCAUCUCAGUACCAUGGGCUACAGUUUGUUUUGCUUUUCAAGUUACUGCUGAUACAAUAAAAACCUACAAUGUAAAUAAGAAAUGAAGGAAAACGGAUGAAACUAACAUUCACACAUUCCUAAUGGUAAAAAUGCAUCAAAUGACCGCGUAUAUCCCUAUGUACAUACAUGUACAUGUAUUAAUUGAU